GACGGCGCUGCCCUCUCCCGAGCGCCUUCGAAGGAGAGCAGCGAGGAGGAUGGGCGUCCCUGCCAGCCUCUUUUAGGAUCGAGAAUUUCCCACCACGCAACGGGGCGAUUCACUUAUCUCACGUCGUGUCAGAUACCAUGGCGAUGUCUUCCAAGAAGAUAACAUAUACCAGUGAUUUUAAGUUAAAGGUACUUGAUUACUAUUUCAAGAAUGGAGGCGAUGAUAAUUUUGGACUUAAGAAGAAAACUGCUCAACACUUCAACAUCGACAAAAAGACUAUCAGCAGAAUGCUAAAUAACCCAGACAUGGUGAAAAGGGCACGGAAACUCCUCGCACGCAAGGUUACAACCACUCCCAAGAAUACCCCCACCACACGCCAGGGGGCAGCCAAAACCUCUGCCAAGGCCACCAAAGUUGCUGCGGCUAAAGUGAGCGUUGCCAACACCUCGGGGAAGGUCUCUGCAUCCAGCCAUACCAGUGCCUCAAACAACAACAGCAACAGCAGCAGCAGUAGUUACAAAGCAUCUACCUCAUCUGCAAGCAGUACAAAGCAUGCGGGUGGCAGCAGCGGGAGCAAUCAGGGCAACAGUAGCUCGCAGCCCUCGGCGAAAUCCGCAGCUUCAAAGACUAAGUUUGGGGAUCAGGAAGGAGACAGUGGAAUACAAGUGUUUGACCUGCCAGAGGAUCCUGACUACUCAAUUCUCAAGAAGUCCAUCAAUGCCUCAGCAAAUGGUGUUGCUAAUCUGGCCAAACUUCUCGUCACUGGCACGAAAGAGGUACAAAACUUGAUCCUGAACGAGUGCGAUGUGAUCCUAGAGUGCAAAGUGUGCAACAACCUCUUCAGAUCAGUAGUGAAUUUCCUCGCUCACAAAAGAAUAUACUGCCAAGAAGAGUAUGCAGAUGUCAGGUCACUGUUUCACAAAGAUAAUGUACAGGGCAUUACUAGCCACUCAAGAACCGUAGUUGUAGAGCCAGAACCUCCUCCGGACACCCCACAGCACCUCCAACCCGACCCUUCCACAUCAGCAUCAAAUACAUUGACAGUGCCGGUUAGAUCUGGUGCACAAAGAAGUGAGAGACGGUCGGGUAUUGACUCCAUAGCGAGGAGGUUGGCCAACAAGAGGAAACAACAUAGUCUCUCCUCGUCGACGUAUACUGGGUCUUCAGAUUAUUACCAGAGAAUAAGCGAAAUCAACAACAAGCGAGACAAGCUCAGCCGGGACUGCUCAGUUGUUUUGGAAGACAUAGGGGGUGUUGCCAAUGCAAUGUAUCAAACGUAUGUACCGCCAUCCAAACCUUCUCCGGUAUCCACUAUCAGGAACUUAAUCGAUGAGGUAUCAGAACACGAAAAGGGGCUUACAGUUGCUAUCAACGAAAAUGGGGAAAUUAUGAAGACAGCAGCUGGGAAUGUUACAAAUAUGGAAGUGGAGCAAACACAAAGCAAUUCAGAUGCAUCCAAAGAAAUCAUUUGUAGAUUAUGCAAUACAAGAUUUGCCACCCAGAAAACGCUAAGUGUCCACCAACGAACGCAGCAUGGCUAUGAAAGAAAUAUAUAUUGCUGCCCAAUCUGUCAAACUACCUUCCUCAAUAUCUUGUCUGUUGUCAAGCAUUUACAAAAAGUUCACAAGAAAACGAAAACUCAAAUAGAGAGAUUAAGAAAAGUCAUAAAGAAGAAUAUGUACAAGAAAAUGGUAUACCAAAGAGAUGAGUUCAAAGACCAAGAGGACCUUGAUAGGUCAAAUGACAAAGCAGAGUUAGAGAAAGAGGAGGAAGAGGAGGAGGAAGAAGAAGAGGAGGAGGAAGAGCAAGAACAGGACCAGAAUCAGGCAGAAGAGGAGGAGAGAGAGGCAGCUGAGGUGGAGGAAGAUGCUCCAUGCGAACAGCCUGCGAAGAUGGAGGUUGAUAGUAAUCCACAAAAAGGGAGCAGCGCGAACACCACGCCCAAGAAUUCUCCUGUCAAAUCCACACCGAAAGGGUCGAGGUCCAAAGAGGGAGUGCGUUGGAUGUGUAAUGUGUGCCUCAAGAAAUUCAUUUCACGGCCGGCAAGUUUGGCUCACGUGGCCACACACAUCAUCUGCAACUUUGAGCCCAAGGCAGUUUUGAUCCAUGUAGAUAGAGAUGGACAGAUCCUGCCUAACCAGGUCACAGGAUUAGAAACAUUGGGGAGAAACCAGCACAGCAGGAUAAGAAGGAAUAGCUUUGAAGAUGAUGAAAAUGAAGAGAUGGAAGCGGAAGAGGAGGAGGAGGAGGAAGAGGAAAACAGCAACAAUGAAGAAGAGGAUGUUGAUGUAGAGAAGGUGGAUGAUAACGAGGAAGAUGACGAGGAAGAGGAUAAAGUGCAUAUUUGUAAUAAGACACCAUGCAGAAGGGAUGUAAAGACUAUGGAGCAAAGUCCCAUAGUAGGUAGAAGAAAAAAUAGGAAAGGUGUUGCUAGAAAGAUAAAGCCAGAAAGUGUAAUAUAUGAGACAGAAAAUGAGACACUGUUAAGACUACAAGGUGCUUCGUGUAGCUCCAGUGAGGAUGAAAAGGAUGUUCGAAAAAUUCAUUCAUCCAAGGUAGAUAGCUCAUGUGCGUCAUCCUAUUCUAAAGUGAAGAAACAAGGGAAAAGUCAUACCAGUGAAGGUCAAAAAAUAAAAACAAUUCCAAGCAGUAAAGAGAACAAGACUGUGAAUGUGAAACAGCAGAAAGUGGUUCAGAACCAGUACUUAUCCAAAACAGAAGCUAAUGAAAAAGAUAAUUCAAAAGAAAAAUCACUGAAAACAGACUUGACAGUCCAGCCAUCAACUUCAACACAUGUAGAUUCAGUGACGAACAGUUCCAUGAAGAAGCCUGAGCUCCAAAGUACAGAUUGCGUAAGAAACCAAAGUAGUCCUUUAAGAACAAGCUGGAAAGAUCAUUCUGAGGAAGAAGUACACAAGGUAGCGACACAGCUCCGUCUGUUUCUAGAAGACUGGAGCAGGAGCGAGUCCUCAACCUCAGAGAGUGAGGGCGAGGAAGACCAGUUGGAAGAGAGAAAUUCCAAUGAGGGUGGUGAGAAGAGUGAACCAGAACAAGGGAGCAGCUUGGAGAUUGAUGUAGUACCAAGUAUGAGGGCAAAAAGUAAAUGUACUUAUAAUGUCAAAAACAUAGAUAACCUGCUAGAAAGGAGUCAGGAAGGGCUUGACAAGAUAUGUGAAAAGAAUUACCUAGCAGAAUCAAGAAAAAACAAUGAGAAGUACAUCCCUGUUCCUUCUUUAGGGGAAUCUUGUUUACUAGGACCAAGAAAUGCAAGUGAGAAGCAAGGCAGUGAACGUACCAGAUCCCCUACACAGGGUGAAGAGGAGAUGAAGGAAAGAUUGACUGCCAUUUGGGCAAAUGAGGAGGACGAUACUUCUGAAAAAGAUAUCUUAAGUAAAGGUGAAAGUAAGGAGCUUGAUGUUCCUUCAAACUCCUUGAGUCACUCAGAGACAAAAGAACUCACGGUAAAGGUAGAAGAAAAAGGAGAGAUAGAAGAAGAGCCUUUUACAGUGGUAGAAGAAGUGCACAAAAAAAUGGUAACAAAGCCAGGAAGUCAACAAGACAAGGAAGAGGGUACAAACAAAGACAAAAUUGUCAUCAAGGAAGAAAUCACACUCAAGGAAGAGCCCCUAAUUGAGGAAGAUACGUUACAGUUGUUUCAGGUCAGAGUCAUGGUUUCAGAAGAGGACAUCAAAAAGGAAGACGUAUCACAAAGUCCAAAGAAAACACAAGGGAUAGUCAUGAAAUCAGUUGUAAGUGAUGAUGCAGAAGUUGCUGAAAGACCUGCGGCACGUUCUGGUAGUUGGCAUCACCUGGAUUUCGAUUUACCAGUUGAUGAAGUCAGAGUUGACAAUGUAAAGGAUGAGAUUGAAGAACAAGAGAGUGUUACUGGUUCGGGUAGUUCAUGCAAAGUGCCAGUGUCUGUUAGUCAAACUAGUAUAACAAGUAUGGCCUCAAAAGAUGACGCAACAAAAUUGGGUUCAACAUCUGUUACAGAGUUCAAAGCCCGUAAUGUGUGUGAAAAGUCAGACGGAACAUCCAAACCACAAACUUCGACACCAGUAGUGAAAGAUGUUAAUUCUCUCCAAGUUAAAGCACCUGAUGUAUUAGGGAAAUCUGAGAAAAUAGCAGUUUCUAUACCCAGUGAGAGGAAACCUUUCAAGACUGGGAGUUUAAUGAGACCAAAGCAUAUUUCAUCUUCAGCUUCUAGCUCAAAUUUACCAUCUUUCAGUAAACGCAGAAACACUUUACCAGCUUCAAAGACAAGUGAGAAUGAAGUAGCUAGUACAAGCCAAGAAGUGAGUGCAGAUUUGGUUAGCAUACCAAGUACUUCUACAGAAUUAACUAGUCCAUUGAUAGCAUCAAAUAUUCAGACAAAGCCUUGCCCUGCACCAGCAAUUAGUCCUGUUUUAGCCAAAAACCCUGAAAUAGAUAAAGUUUGUAGACCCCAUGAUGCUUGUGCAACUUCUGCCAAAUCUAAAUCCCAUCAAGAUGGGAAUAAAAAAGAGAGUAAAACCAAGUUGACAGGAGAUUCUCCCUGCACUAAGAAAGACUUGGCAUCCAGAGAACAAGUACAAGGUUCUUCAGGGUGCCCACAGCAGCUCAAAAUGCAUACAGAUGCCACAUCUCCAACAUUAUCAUGUGCCAUUGCCCAUUCCAUAUCUACCCUACAGACCCACGUCACCUCAACUCCUAUACAUGUAACUUUAGCCAGUGCAGCUAGUGGAUGGGAAAAGAAAUCUGAUCAAGUCCCAGUAACACAACCAGUUAGUCCAUUGAUUAUUCGACAAUUGUCAGAGAAAGAGAAGCCAUACAAACCUAAUCUAGAUAUCAAGACCAGAAGUGUGCAGAAUGUAUCUGGUCCAAGUAAAUCUGGUGUGGUAAUUAUCUCCAGACCUACGCAGAAUGUCUCUCUUUCCACAGAUGCGGAGAAUGUAAAAGGAACUGAAUUACAAGCUCAUUUUUCAGGCUCAGAUACACAGGAUAAAUCAGGAAAAUCAGUAUCUCGUUGCAGUUUACAGUCUGAUGAUCUUGCUCAGAAGAUACUUACAGUGAAAUCUGCAGAAUUGGUGGUUUCAAGAAAAGGAAAAGAUAUUGUGGUCACUAGAAAAAGUAAUUUAGAGUCCUCACAGACCACAGGAAGCAAAAUGCACAAGAGGAAACAAGAGGAGCAGCUUAACUUAGAGGCAACUCAAGCUGCAGGAGGAAAAGUGACAGAAAGUAAAAGUAAAGGGAAACAUGAUGCCAAAUCAUUGUCCCAAGAGAGAGACAGUGACAGUUUGAAUCUGAAAAUCAAAGAUUUGGCCCCAGAGGAGUGUGCAGCUGUAAAAACUUUAGUUGGAAUCUCAGAAAGCACUACAAGUAUGGUUAGUGUGUCAGGUAGCAGUGGAGAAUCUCAUUUAACUGUAAAAAAGCCUUUAGAUCAUAGAAAAAAGUCGAAGUUGAGAGAAGAGUCUCACACUGAUGCAUCCCCGUCAUGUAGCAUGCCUCAUAAAGACAUCCAGACAAUUAGGUUGAAGGAAGAAGAGGUUGACAAGGUAAGUUCAGAAGCUGAUGUCAGUAACCUCCCUGCAUUAGUGAGAAAUGCGAGCAAAGUUAAAGUUCAAGAUUCUCAUGUCGGGAACAGAAGCGAGAAUAUCAGCAUUAGUUUGACAAGACAACGGCCUGAAGAGAGGAUCAAACAGUAUAGUGGGAAGAUGAAGGAAGAUAUUAUGAAGUAUAAGAAGCGCAUUAGAGAAAGCCAAGAUGAAAAGCAGAAUGUUCCACUGGGGAAGAGCAAAAAAGAGGGAAGUGACAGAGGUAGGGAGAUAGAUUUACCAGCAGUUGCUGGUGAAGAUGUAGGAAUCGAUCUAGUCCAGCCACAUGAAUUCAAGCCAUUCGAUAUGAAGGAAGAAGAGAAGUAUCCCCUCGACUGUGAUGAGAUGUUCAGAAGAAUCCGUAAUAAAGAGAAAAAGAAGGAUCAGAAUAAAAAACUCUGGCAAAUGGUGAUGGCAGCAAAGGCAAGAGCCAAGAAAGAAGUGGAGAAGAAGGAUUGUGAUACACCAUCUGAAGGAGCUCAGGUCAUUGCAGGUGAUGCAGGAGUAUCUGGAGGAGCUCAGGUCAUUGCAGGUGAUGCAGGAGUAUCUGAAGGAGCUCAGGUCAUUGCAGGUGAUGCAGGAGUAUCCGAAGAAGGGCUUACAAAGUAUCAUGUUACAUUUUGGCCUGGUGAAUCAAAGGAAACUUCCACCAAGAGAGAAAGGGGUUAUGCUUAUCAUCAAGGGACUGAACAAGAGGAGAAAUCUUUUUAUGUUAAAAGAGCCAAGAUGAUGCAGUCUGUAGGCGAGGAGAAUAAAGCCGAGGAAAUAAGGAAAGUGGUUCCUGGUUUAGAGCAAUUGAAAAGUAGUUCAACCAACACUUCGUGCAGGAUGCUAGAUGAUGCUGGAAUAAGCGACAGUGAAAGAACCUUUACUCCAAGAGAGAAUGAGGUAGCGGGUUUAGAAAGUGAAGUCAGUGACUCUCUGGACCCAGUGUCUACUUCAGAGGUUGACCUCAUGACGACUCUGGAUCAGAACGCAGUCAUGCGUGAUGCUACGACUUUUGGUGACCUAAGCUAUGAUUAUGAUCUGCAGUGAUUGGGAGACGAAAAUGACAAUGGAUGUUCCUCCGAUCACCGUUGUGUUAAAUGCGACCGUAGGUUCAUGACAGCUUCGGCUUUGUUGUCGCAUGACAAGUUCUGCUCUCUGCUGCAGAUGAGGCCCGACAUCCCUCCAGAGAGUCC